CAACUUGUAACUAGUUCAUAGCGAAUAACGCUAUGGGGGGAACUAAUAAAGCAGCGUAUAAAAAACAUCAUUGGUCGGGCGGAAAAGCAAAACGGCGUCGAGUUCAAGCUGCCCUACUACACCAUCAUGGCAUCAAGUCCACAAGAAACAGAAAUCGAGAUGCGACAUCUUCGACGAUGACAGACGCUCGUCGGCGCUCUCAGGACUCGAAGCCUUCGCACCUCAAAUAUGGCACGUUCCGCAGACUCUCGAAGCUCCGGCAAUCUCAAGAAGACCCGUUACUCAGUCCGAGAUGCGAGUCCAAGCCCAUCGUGGUGGCGCGCUCCAGCGUCAACAGGAAGCGGUCGCCGCCGCCUAGGGACCCGCUCAGAAGUAGUAUUAGUCCACCUGCCCACUCGGCGCCUCCCCAGCAGUCCCCGCUCCAGCGACCCGCAAGGCGGGUCCACCUCUCCCGAACAGAACCUGUACAUCUCGACAUUGAACCCAAGAGGUUCCCGUCUAUGCUGUGGUGCUAG